AUGAGAGAGGAGCGUAUCAAAGAGGAAGAGCGUAAAUUGAAGGAAAUGGAGGAAAAUAUGAUUCGUAAGAAGCGGUUGGGACAAUUGUUGAAUGAUCUGACUGAAAAGCUUAAAAUCACCGAGUCAAACGCACAAGCGAAUGCGAAUGAUAAGGGAACCAACUUGAAAGGCAAACCAAAGCCGGACAGCGAAACCGAGUCCACGGAAACAGAUGCCUCUUGGCACAUUUCCUGUGGAGAGAGCUCGGUGAGCGACGGCUCGGAUAGGAAUACCAGGAAGCAGCGAAAGAAGAAUAAGAAGAGGAGGAGCGGAAAGGGAAAAUCUGAGCGGAAUAAGCGUAAGAAGAAGGCAAAGAGGAGCCGGAAGCAUAGCUUUUCAUCACAAUCAAGUGAUUCACACCUAACUUCCGACAGUGAAUCCUCAAGCACGACUAGUGACAGCUUUUCCAGCUCGAGCUCAGACAGUUCGUCGGACUCGGAAUGGGAAAGACGAAAGCAUAAGAAGUACAAGAAGUCACGGACGCCUAUGCUGUGGAGCCCGAAAAAUCCUCAGACGUCGUCGUCGUCGGUGGCACCCUAG